AACACGCACAUGCUGAAGUUUAAAUAUAACCUAAAUAUAUAAAUGUCAUAUUUUUUAUUCAAAAUAUAGGUUCUAAAUAUGAAUAAGAAAAAUAAAUCUAAUUCUAAAUUGGGGAGGAGUUUAAUUAAAGAUAGAUUUGGUAAUAAAAAAGAUAGAAAAAUGGUUAGCGACAAUUCAAUGCUUCACACAACAGAAAUUCAAGACGGUUAUGAUUGGGGUCGCCUUAAUUUACAAUCAGUAACCGAAGAAUCUUCAUUUCAAGAAUUUUUAUCCACAGCAGAGUUAGCGGGUACAGAUUUUCAAGCCGAGAAAUUAAAUAUAAAAUUCGUAAAUCCAAGGUCUAAUGUAGGAUUACUUACUAAAGAAGAACUUAACGAAGCUAAAGAUGCUCAUAAAAAAUAUAAAUCUGCUUUAAAAAUUCCAAGGAGACCUCCUUGGGAUGCUGAAACUACUCCAGAUGAACUGGAUAAAAACGAAAAAGAAACUUUUUUAGAAUGGCGUAGAUCUCUCGCUAUAUUACAAGAGGAACAUGGUAUUGUGUUAACCCCAUAUGAAAAGAACUUGGAAUUUUGGAGACAACUGUGGAGAGUUGUAGAAAGAAGUGAUGUAAUUGUCCAAAUUGUAGAUGCUAGGAACCCUUUGUUGUUCCGUUGUGAAGAUUUAGAAAGUUAUGUGAAAGAAGUUUCCCCAAAUAAAAUGAAUUUAAUUCUGGUAAAUAAGGCUGACUUUUUAUCAGAUACUCAACGACAAGUGUGGGGAGAAUAUUUUAACUCCAACGGAGUUGAAGUAGCCUUCUACUCUGCUCAUUUAGCAUCAUUGGAUCCUUCAGAAAAUGAAGAAGAAAUUAUAACAAAAUUGAGUUUAGAUGAUGAUACUUUUAAAAAGCCCUACCCUUUAUUAACUAGAGAAGAAUUGAUUGGAUUAUUGAGGACCAUACAUACUCAAACUAAGGUUACACCAAACGUGACAACAGUUGGAUUGGUUGGGUAUCCAAAUGUUGGAAAAAGUUCUACAAUCAAUUCCUUAUUAUGUGACAAGAAAGUAUCAGUUUCAGCAACUCCGGGAAAGACUAAACAUUUUCAGACUCAUUAUUUAGAUAAAGAUAUCCUUUUGUGCGACUGUCCCGGACUUGUAAUGCCCAGUUUUGUAUUUUCAAAAGCAGAAAUGAUUUUGAACGGAAUCCUUCCCAUAGAUCAAAUGAGAGAUCAUGUACCACCUACAAAUUUAUUAACAAGUCUUAUUCCCAGACACGUUAUAGAAGAUCGAUAUGGAAUUAUGAUACCUAAACCUUUGGAAGGCGAAGAUCCCAAUAGAGAUCCAACUGCCGAAGAAUUAUUGAACGCUUAUGCUUAUAACAGAGGAUUUAUGACAGCUAACGGUCAACCGGACAAUUCUAGAGCAGCGAGGUACAUCCUCAAGGAUUACAUGAACGGAAAACUGCUGUAUUGUCAUGCACCUCCUAAUAUUAACCAAAAAGAGUACCAUACAUGGAUAGAUAGACAAAAUACUAAAUUGGAAAAUCAAGUUUUACCACCAAGAGCUGCAAGAGCAGUUAGACCAUAUCACGCUACAACUGAAGAUAUCGAUAAACAGUUUUUCAAAUCAAAUUCUCAAGGAAUUCACGCUAAAGGAAUCAAAGGUUUACCAAACGCCCAAAAGGUUGGACCAUCGACAAAUCAACCGGACGAAAAACCAUGGAAGCAACACAACAAGCAUAAAAACAAAGGCAAAAAAGAGAAGUUGCGAAGAGUUUAUGCCCAUUUGGACCAACAUUGAAUUGUUAACAUAUGAAUUUGUAAUAAACUUUUUUUAGCGUUACAAAA